CACCUUCUAUGCUUUUUGAGAAGAUCCCAGAUCCCCCAGGUUUACCAGGUUUACCAGAAUUUACUACCUAGGUACGUACCUAUGUAAAUUGUCUACAUGGGGAAUAUAUUUUAACCCGGAUCCGUCCGGCAUUUUCUUCGCCUUUACUUUUAUUUUUCUUCGUUUACUUAUUUAUUUUUAUUUACUUGAUAUUAUUAUUUUUCAUUGUUACGGAAAGACCGUUAAAUAGAUACGACAAGGGUUCGAAAAAGGAAAUAAAUAAAUAAGAGCUUGGGGCGAGAGAGAAACAGACAGCGCGGCGCUGGAAUUCAGGGUCACGUGCCUAGACACGGGAAAGUUUACCUAGCAAAAAGGUUAGGUAGGUUUAGGUAGGUACUGGUGCUGGUCUUGGUGCUGGUACUGGUACUGUAACCUAACCUUGAUAACCUUGAUAACCUGGGAAAGGACCGAUGCCGUAGCGCGCUUCCCUUGGGGACGAAUAUAACGGCUUGAACGCUAUGUGCAUUCGCCCAAGCCACCUUCCUCCAAAACCCUCUUCCAACAUAUACCUACCUAGGUAUUCAAGAGAAAACUAAUCAUUAGAAGAAACGCAAGUCUUCGCCCGGCAAGCGCAAACAACUUUUUACCUUCGCCCCAUCAAGUGUCACAUAAGAUAAAAACGAGACAAGACAAAACGAGACAAAAAAGGGUGCCACUACGGCCACUGUCGCAAUUGUUACCAAUUGUCGCAAAAAGGAGGAUGGCUAGACAGGACAGGAUGAGAAAUGCAAGUCAGCCUGCCUUGCAGGUCAUUGUGCUGGGCGCGAGUGGUGGGCCGCUGGAAGACAAUGUCACAGCUUUCCUCAUACGGUCCGUUAAAACUAACUGGAGUCGGGGUUCAUUACUUGCUCUCGAUGGCGGCGUUCACAUGUCUGCCAUUACUAAAAUCCUCGAGGAGACGCAGCCACCAGGUCUAGGUUCUGAUAUUGCGUUACCACAUGUCUUAACGACGGGGCCCUUUGCGGGCAUGGAAAUCCACUACACCUCUGCAUCAGCCAAUGCACUUGAAGUAUCAAGGAAUCUCGUCGACUCGUACCUAGUAACUCACCCACAUCUCGACCACAUUAGCGGGUUCGUUCUCAAUACUGCAGCUCCCCCGGGAACAAAGCCGAAAAGAAUCGCUGGUUUACCCUCUACCAUCUCAGCGUUUAAGACGCAUAUUUUCAACAAUGUUAUCUGGCCAAAUUUAUCAGACGAGAACAAUGGUGCCGGUCUCGUGACUUAUUUGCGCCUGGUAGAAGGGGGCAGUCCAGCUCUUGGGGAAGGAGCUGAUAGAGGUUACCUAGAAGUCAGCGACGGCAUCACGGUCAAAGUCUUUAGCGUCAGUCAUGGACAUUGCAUUGAAAAGCAUGCUCAUAGGGGCUCGUCGUCUUCCUCACGCUUUGGAAGUAUAGAUGGUACAUCCCUGCUGUCGCAAAGAGGUGGAAGUAUCAAUGGGGCUUUGGGGCCGCCUCCUGUCUUGAGGAAUGGUAGUAGGGUCCAAACCAUGGGGGACAACGACCGAGAAUCAGUAUGCGUCUAUGACUCGAGUGCGUAUUUCAUAAAGGACGCAUUCAGUGGUCGUGAAGUCCUGAUGUUUGGCGACAUGGAGCCCGAUAGCAUCUCAUUGUCGCCAAGGAACAUCGGAGUCUGGCUUGAAGCGGCUCCAAAAAUCGCGACUGGCCACCUGGCUGCGAUCUUUAUCGAAUGCUCGUACGACGACAGCCGGAUGGACGACAUGCUCUACGGUCAUUUAUCACCACGCUACGUCAUUCAAGAGAUGCAGACGCUCGCGGCAGAAGUCGAGAGAAUUCGCCAAAUCCCAACUAAGCUCGAAUCGAUUAAGAAACGCAAGAGAGAAACGGAGGACUCAGGCAGAAGAACUAACAGAACUAUCGCCAGGGCUACUGACGGUCCACUUGUGGUCGACGACCGGCCCGUGUCGCCGAAAUCAAUGCGCCCACCAAAGAAGAGGUCCGACUCUAGCGAAAACACCAUUUCUUCGCAUAUCACAACUUCUGCAUCAGAUAUGAGUUUCAAGGAUGCUAGUAUACUACGGACCCCGAAGAUGCCUAACGCUCUCCGAGGGCUAAAGGUAGUUAUCAUUCACACGAAGGAAAGUUUUAAUGACGAAAAACCGGCUGGAGACACAAUUUUAAAAGAGUUACUCGCACAUGAGGAGAAAGCUAAGCUAGGCUGCGAAUUUAUCAUAUCGAGGAGGGGACAAAGCCUUAUGUUCUGAUCCAGGUUGGUUACACGUAUGGCUGGGAAGUAUUGGCGGAUAUAGCACUCAGGUGUGCUAGCAUCCGGUGCUCGCCGGAUUAGGUUAUAUGG